AUGCCGCGUGGAAGCCGGAGCCGCGCCUCCCGCACGGCCCCUCCCGCCAGCCCGGCACCUCAGAUGAGAGCAGCGCCUAGACCAGCACCAGCAGCGGCUCCACCAGCUGCUGUCGGCUCACCUGCUGCUGCACCCCGGCAGCCAGGUCUUGUGGCCCAGAUGGCAACCGCUGCAGCUGGCGUAGCUGUGGGCUCUGCUGUCAGGCACACGAUAGGUCAUGCCAUCACUGGGGGCUUCGGUGGAGGAGGCAAUGCUGAGCCUUCAAGGCCUGACAUCACUCACCAGGAGCCUCAGGGAACCCAGCCAGCACACCAGCAGUUUGGCCCAUGCCACUCUGAGAUGAAACAGUUUCUGGAGUGUACCCAGAACCAGGGUGACCUGAAGCUUUGUGAAGGUUUCAGCGAGGUACUGAAGUAG